UCACAAACAUAGGAGAGAGAGAAAGAGAGAAGUUUUCUUUGGAGAGAGAGAUGUAUGUAACAAGGCUGCUUUCCCACCUCCAGAGUUCUCCAGAAUCUCUUUCAUUACCAUCAGAUGGCCCAAAUUCUGGGUUUUUAGUAAUUCAAGACAAAAAUUCAGAGACUACUACCUUUUUCGGAUUGCUUAAAAAUCGGUAUGUGAAGGACCUGCCUUUACCUCAGAACAAGGAGCUGCAUGUUGAGUACUCCUCUGACGACGAGGAAACAACCUUUGUUCCAGUUGUCAAUAAGCCACUGUCUUCCAAUCUCUAUUAUGCAUUAAAGCCUCACAGGUCUCACAAAGGGGAAGCAUAUGCUUGUUCAAAGGAAGAAGACAUGGAUACGAGUUGUUGCUGUAACUGCAUCCAAGAUGUCCAACCAAGACCGUUAGAUCCCAAUGACAUGUAUCAACAAUUUCAUAUCGUUUCUUAUAAAAGAGGUGGCCAAUUUUAUGCCAAAUCAAUUGCGCCGGAUGGGAUUCCUCCAAACUUCUUGAGAACAAAAGGGUGGUGCAUUCGUACUCAAACCCCCAAAAACUACCAACUUGGUGAAGCACUAGGCAUCAACACUGCCCUCCGUGAUCGCCUUCCAUCAUUCGAUCUUCCAUUAUCCUACAAGAGUUCAGAAGCCAUUGUUGUAGGGAAGUGGUAUUGUCCUUUUAUGUUUAUCAAAGAUGGAACACUAAGAGAUCAGAUGAAAAAGUCAAUGUUUUAUGAGAUGACACUAGAGCAAAGAUGGGAGCAAAUAUUCACUUGUGAAAAUGGUUACAAUCAAGGGAAUGUUGUGUUUGUGGAUGUUGCAGUCCAAACAGAAAUAGUCACUAUAGGGGGCAGAGAAGCAGUGUGGGAUGAGAAUAGAGUGGCCAAUGGGGUGAUUUGGUUUACGAGCUUUGUUGGUGUAGGAGAAGAAGUGAAUGUUGGGUUGAGCUCGCUAAUUGUUGACAGAAUGAAAUGGGAGCAAGAGAGAGGAAGGUGGCUUGGCGGCGAAAAAAGGCAAGUGAGUGUGAAUAAAACAGAGGAGUAUGCAGGGAUUGGUGUCGGUGGGUGGAGUAGGUUUGGCUGCUAUGUGCUGGUUGAGAGGUUUGUACUGAAAAGAAUGGAUAAAAGUGUGGCACUAACCUAUGAUUUCAAGCACACUCAUGUGAUUAGGAGCAAAUGGGAAUGAAAAGUGUUUGGAACCCUAAAAAACUUUAGUUAUCCUGAUAUUGUGCACCAAGGAUCCUCUAGAGUGUUUUUUUCUUAUAGUUUCCUAAAGUGGUGUAUUGUGUGAUUGAGAUUUAAUGCUGAAAAAUUGAUGUGACUUGUCAUUAAAUCUCAACCACACAAUGCACCACUCUAGGAAAAUUUAGGAAAAAAAAACUUUAAAGGAUCCUUGCUCGAUAUUGUGUGUAGGUCCUAUAGUUUGAUUCCAUACUUGUAUUUGGAUUGGAAAUUAGAAAAUGUAUGCUAUUGGCACAUUACUGGUCCAAAAAAAUAAAAAUAAAAAUAAAAAUAA